AUGUCCCCCUAACAGGUCGUUGCCGCUCCGAGUCGUGCGUUUUAUCACUAUGUUACGAACUUUCCGUACGUAAAUUCCCCUUCUUCACUUUUAUUGUUUUGUCAUUUCUUCCUUUUUUUUUAUCGCGCUCGCGUUGUCUUUCAAGUGCUCUCAUCGUGCUCGUCUCGUAUUCCGUUUAUUUAUUUCAUCUUGGUGCCCCGUUCCACUCUCUUUUCCCGCCCUGAAAUGCUCUGUCAAGACUUACGUUUUGUUUGCCAGUCUGUUUCGUGCUGAAUUUUUAUUCCCGUUGAUCUGACAGUUUGUUUAGCUUCCGCUUUAUGAGUUGCCCCGUCGGCGCCGGCUAAAAGAGGGGAAAAUGGUGUCACCUCGAGUAUUCAACUUAGUUGUGUUUUCUCUGAGUUGUGUCUUGGCGGACUCCAGCACAAAAAUUGGUUACUUCUGGCAUAUCAGUGACAUUCAUUUGGAUGAAGACCUUGGGACUAAUUUCAAUAAUUGUUGGCGAGGCCCGCAAAGGCCCUCGGGGAAGUAUGGGGAUCACAACUGCGACAGUUCUCGGAAUCUGGUCGAGUCAGCCGUCCACGCCAUGAGGCAGAAGCAUGGAGAUAACGUCGAAUUCGUCCUCUGGACAGGUGACGGACUCAGUAGAAAAUCCGGAAAAACACUGGAGCAGCAAAUUGGGACUCUCCGAAACUUGACGAUUCUGUUAAGCGCCGCGUUCAGCAGUCAUUUCAUUUACCCUGUCCUUGGCCACGAGGAUCCUGAGUCGUAUACAAUUCUAGCCAACCUCUGGAAACUUUGGCUUCCCACCGAGGCCCUCUUAACUUUUACUAAAGGUGGGUACUACUCUAUCGAGCAAAAAGUAAGGAAACUUCGGAUUGUUGCUCUUAACACCAAUCUCUUUACGAACAGCUCUUGGGACCAGGAAGCGGAGGAACAAUGGGACUGGCUGGAGUCAGUCCUUAUCAAAUCAUCCAGAAAUAAAGAAACGGUUUACCUGGUGGGUCACGUGCCCCCCGGCAUGGAUGAACGGCAGUCUCGAUCGCCCCACCAACAGCGAAUCCUCCUCAUGCCUUCACACAAUAGCAGAUACUUGGCUCUUGUCCGCAGAUUCGCCAAUAUUAUAACUGGGCAAUUUUUCGGUCAUUUUCAUACGGACUCAUUUCGUAUCGUAUAUGACGACAAUGAUAACCGACCGGUAUCAACAAUAUUCAUAGCACCGUCCGUAACCCCUAAGCGAAGCCCAAAUGGUGUCAACAAUCCAGGGCUGCGCCUCUAUAAAUUCAACAAGGACACUGGACAGGUUUUAGAUUACAAUCAGUAUUACCUAGAUCUGUCAGUAGCCAACAAAGACGAGAAAGCUGAAUGGACGUCAGAGUACAAUCUCACGUCGUACUACGAGUUCAAGCAAUCAACUUUCGAGCCUGUUUCGGCUGAACAGAUGGAUCAGCUGGCCGAAAGCUUCAUCGUCCCCGCGGACUACGAUCUGUUUUACAAGUACUACGUGGCCAAUUCUGUUAAGGCCUUACAGAAUGAUGCUGUGAUACCUCAUUCCACAAUCAACGCCCAUUACUGUGCCAUAACCCAAAUAGACUUCUCCAUGUAUCAUAACUGCUUAGCAACCAAGUACAGUGCUUUAGCUUCUUCAAAGAGUUCCAAAAAUCAGUUCCGUAACUGGAUUGGACAAUUAAUAUUUACAUUAAUCCUAGUAUCCAUAUCCAGUUGAUGAAUACUUCAUACUGUACCUUCUUGAUACUCAUUUAUUUUUCUACUUUAUGGUCUAAAUACUGUACAUUUUUGUAAAUAUUUUUAAUGUAACGAUAACUGUAAAUAAAAUUUUGUGUUCCCACAAGCAUUGUUCUUGUAAAACUUAUUUUUCAUCAUUAUUUUCCCUCAUAAGAGGCUAUGAGGGAGUAUUUUAUCAGAAAUCAGUCUUCGGUUUGAACUAUCCUGAAUUAACAAAAUGUUUCAAUUGGUAUGAUUUGUGGCAGAAUAAUGAAGUGAGUUUUCUGGAACUCCAAGAAUUAACCUUCCAUUAUGAUAAUUACUCUAUCAAAUGGUUUACUAUUGGUUUUAAAGAUAAAGUUCCCCAAGGAAGAAAUAGAGAAUUAGAGAUCACAUGAGCUGGCGAUUAAAUGUAUGCAUUACCAUUAUGGUAUGACUAAAGGUAUUGUACAUAAAAGCUGAUGCUUUGGAAAUUUGAUGAAGUAUGCAUUACUCAAAUUUUUUAAAGGCUGUGUUAAAAAAAAAGAGCUUACAAAACAACUUGAACUAACUGAAAUUUUUGUUUGAAAGAUACCAAGAGUAAUGUGAAGAGCUUCAAAGAUUACCUGAUGCAACUAUGAAUCAGGUUGAUUACUACUAAAAAAAUUUAAAAUGUAGGCGAGAUUGGUGUAAUAUUGCAGAUCAUGUGUUCAUGGAUGCAUUGAUUGUUCAUAAAGUAUCCGGGCUUUCCCUGAGUGACUAAAGGGAAUUGAAACUUUUAUCAGUGAAAAUUCGGUUAGUGUUGGGGGGAAAAAAAAUGACGAAUUAAAAAAUAAAUACCUCUAAUUAUUAACUCAAUGAGAACAAAGAAUUCAAUAUAAUUAACAAAAAAGAAA